UGAGGUAACGAAUUAAGUCACUGUGGAUAAGUUCGUGAAGUUGCUAUGUACUAUAAUCUGUGACAGGUAGUGGAAAUGUGCUGUGCGGUGUAGUACACGUGUGUGAUCUAAAAGAUUUGUUUCAGUAUGUCGUACAUUAAUGACGAUUAUGUAGAGAAUUAUGACACAUAUGCGUAUAAUGGCUCAUUGGAGUAUGAUCCCCAUUCAGGGGAACCUCAUACUGAAACUGAUUAUGAUCGGCAAAGCUAUAAUAUUCCAGACAUGGUGAAGAAGUUCUUAACAUACUUCCGGAAUUGCAUCAGUGAAGGCUUGUUAUUUGAAAUCCAGAAUUUAUAUGAGAGCUCGUUUCCAAAGUUGACAGAACAGUAUUUUGAGAAAAAGCCGUGGCCUGAUGAAACAGAUAUUGCAUAUUUGGUGGAUGAAGAUUCAGUGUUCUUAAUCCUCUAUAAGGAAUUGUAUUUCCGUCAUAUAUAUGCUCGUGUGUCUGGUUGUCCGACUAUAGAACAAAGGUUCAAUUCUUUCUACAAUUACUGUGACUUGUUCAACUACAUACUGGAUGCUGAUCAGCCUGUUCCAUUAGAGUUGCCUGAUCAGUGGCUCUGGGAAUUGGUGGAUGAGUUUGUGUACCAGUUUCAGUCUUUUGCACAGUAUCGUGCUCGUAUUCAAAAGAAAACCCCAGAGGAACUUGAGAAGCUGCAUACACAAAGUAAGGUGUGGAAUGUCCUGUGUGUUCUGAAUGUCCUGCACUCCUUAGUUGACAAGUCCAAGAUAAAGCGUCAGUUGGAGGUGUAUGCUAGUGGUGGCGAUCCUGACUCUGUAGCAGGAGAUUUUGGACGACAUUCUUUGUACAAGAUGCUUGGUUACUUCAGUUUGGUGGGACUUCUGAGACUUCAUUCUCUCCUUGGUGACUAUUAUCAGGCCAUAAAGGUGUUGGAAAAUAUUGAAUUGAACAAGAAGAGUCAGUAUUCUCAUGUACCAGCAUGUCAGAUAUCAACAUCCUAUUAUGUUGGAUUUGCAUACAUGAUGAUGAGAAGGUAUUCAGAUGCAAUACGAACAUUUAGUUCUAUUUUAUUGUACAUCCAGCGUACCAAGCAGCUCUUUCAGAGUCGCACUUACCAGAAUGAUCAGAUUAACAAGCAGACUGAGCAGAUGUAUCAUUUGUUGGCAAUUUGUUUAGUCCUUCAUCCUCAAUGCAUUGAUGAAUCAAUACAUCAGGUGUUAAGAGAGAAGAACUACCACGAGAAGAUGUACAAGAUGCAGUACGGAGAACUAAGUGAGUUUGAGACAUGUUUCAUCUUUGCUUGUCCAAAAUUUCUGUCACCUGCCCCACCACCGUUAGAUGCUACUGGAGAUUAUGAUUAUGUAAAGGAAGCCACAAAGCGUCAGACUCAGGUCUUCAUGGAUGAAGUCCGCCAGCAGAAAAUGCUGCCUACAAUUAGGAGUUAUUUGAAACUGUAUACAACAUUGCCAUUGUCAAAACUUGCCACAUUUAUGGGCCCUGGUCCAAGUCAGAAUGACAGCAGGGAUUUGAAGGAAGAGAUUGAAGCACUGAUCAUCCAUCUGCUAUGUUUCAAGCACAAGAUGAAGAAUGUUGUGUGGACAAGGGGUACAUCUGGACUUGAAGGGAAGUUUCAGUCUGGGUCUGAGUUGGACUUUUACAUUGACCAUGAAAUGAUCCACAUCGCAGACACAAAGGUGGCUCACCGUUAUGGGGACUUCUUCAUCCGGAAAAUCCUGAAGUUUGAAGACUUGAAUCGUAAACUUCGCAUGAUCAAGAUCUAAAUAUGGUACAGACAUGUGUGAUCUGGUACAAUAUUUGAGGUCAAAGGAAAUACAUUUUCUUUAAUGUACUAUAAUUGAUGGGUACAUAUUAUUUAGUAAAACCCAUAUAAGUAAUUCUCACAUCAGAUGUUCUCCUCAGAGUAUACCUUGAUUUUUUGGUUACAUAACAUGUUCAAUUUUUUCACUAAUGUAUGAUCUUUUGGAAAAUACUAUUGUAAUUUAAUACAAUACAAUGAACUUUACAUAUA